AGAAAAAAAACCCUCCCGCUCUUUUCACUCAGAAUUCAGAAAUUUCUCAAAUCCAAACCCCUAAUCCCCAAUCCAAAAACCCACCGUUUCAAUCUCAGAAUUCAGAAUUCAGAAAUCAAAUUCGAUACUCACAGCUAUCAGAAGAAGAAGAAAAUGAGGGAGGAGCAAAUUGAGAAGCUCCGUGUGGUGGUGCGGGACUGCGUGAGCAAGCAUUUGUACUCGUCGGCGAUCUUCUUCGCCGACAAGGUGGCGGCACUGACGUCGGACCCCGCCGAUAUUUACAUGCAGGCACAGGCGCUGUACCUCGGCCGCCACUACCGCCGCGCCUUCCACCUCCUCAACGCCUCCCAAAUUGUCCUCCGCGACCUUCGCUUCCGCUACCUUGCUGCCAAAUGCCUUGAAGAACUGAAGGAGUGGGAUCAGUGCCUGUUGAUGCUUGGUGAUGCUAAAGUGGACGAACAUGGUAAUAUCACUGACACAAAGGAUUACAAUAGCAUGUACCUGGAUAAAGAGGGUGAAGAUCGUGAAAUCAAUAUUAUAUCAGCAAUCUGCUUCUUAAGAGGUAAGGCAUACGAGGCCUUGGAAAAUCGUGUGCAGGCUCGGUUAUGGUACAAAGCUGCCAUCAGAGCUGAUCCUCUGUGUUAUGAGGCCUUGGAAUGUCUUAUAGAGGGUCACAUGCUCACUUGCGAAGAAGAGACCAAUCUACUCGCAACUCUACAAUUUGGUGCUGAAGAUGGAUGGCUCUCUUCAUUUUAUUCAUGCUUGAUAAAGAAAUAUGAUCAAGAAAAUGUUCUCAAAUCCAAGUUUAGAGAACUCGAGCUGGAAGCCUCUAAUACAAAGACGCAAGGAAGUUCGUUAUGUACACUGAAGGACAACACUGAUCUCUUAGCCUGCAAAGCUGAAUAUUAUCAUCAGUGCGGCGAAUACCAGAAAUGUUUUGAACUAACAUCAAUAUUGCUCGAGAAGGACCCUUUUCACCUAAAGUGUACCCUGGUCCAUCUAGCAGCAGCCAUGGAACUUGGACAUUCCAAUGAACUCUAUCUAAUGGCAUGCAAUCUAGUCAAGGACUAUCCUCAAAAAGCACUGUCAUGGUUUGCAGUGGGUUGCUACUACUUCUGUACAAAAAAGUAUGAUCAAUCACGUCGUUAUUUCAGCAAGGCAACAAGUUUAGAUGGAACGUUCGCUCCAGGUUGGAUUGGCUGUGGAAAUGCGUAUGCGGCUCAAGAAGAAGGAGAUCAAGCAAUGUCAGCUUAUCGCACUGCUGCUCGUUUAUUUCCUGGGUGUCAUUUGCCAACUCUAUACAUAGGAAUGGAGUACAUGCGAACCCAUAGCUUCAAACUUGCUGAGCAGUUUUUCAUGCAGGCCCAGAUUAUAUGUCCUUCAGAUCCACUUGUAUAUAAUGAGCUUGGUGUCGUGGCUUAUCAUAUGAAGGAGUAUAAGAAGGCCGUGUGGUGGUUUGAGAAGACAUUGGCUCAUGUACCAUCUUCUUUAAGUGAGAUGUGGGAACCGACUCUAGUCAACCUUGCUCAUUCAUUGAGAAAAUUGAAGAGGUACAAUGAGGCAAUUACUUACUACGAGAAAGCACUUGCAUUGUCAACAAGAAGUUUGAGUACAUAUGCGGGUCUAGCUUACACAUACCAUCUGCAGGAAAAUUUUACAGCUGCAAUUACAUACUAUCACAAGGCUCUAUGGAUCAAAACAGACGACCAAUUUUGUACAGAGAUGCUGACUUUAGCGCUUUCAGAUGAAUGCCGCCUUGGUAUAGACCCAAAAGUCGAGACGAUUAGAAGUGCAAAAAGAAGAAAAACAACAGAGAAUUUUCUCUCAUAAGUCAUAGGUGCUGUAAAUACAUAUUAGAAGUAUGUAUAGAGAGA